AUGACAGCGCCACCACCCCCGCUCUCCGCCUUUCCAUCCCUGGCUCGCGACGAGUUCACUGCUGCCUGUCGCGCUCUGAUAGCUAGAGUUGAUGCUUACCAAACCCCAGAGGAAGAGGGAGGCAACCUCACUGGCCUUGGUUGGACAGGUGUGAGGCUAGAAACGAAGAUUGAACUGGUCUCGGGGCAAUAUUUUUUGGUACAGGAUGACGAGGUAGUUUUGAUUAUACAUAGGCUACUCGAAGAAAACUCUACCCCUCCGCAACAACUGAAACACGUUGAUGUAUUGGAGAGCCAUGGGGCACACGAGAAUGACACGACUGAGAUUUUUGAACUUGAUGAAAACGACCCUGAAGAGCUUAUUCGACAACCAUAUUGCAACUCCACACUCCAAGUAGAAUACAAUAUCAUGCUCUCACCCACCUAUCAAGUCCCUAUCCUAUAUUUUUUCGUGCACAACUACGCCAACACUUCUGCCAAGACCUCACCAGAGGGCCUCCUUGACAUCAUUUACAAUCGUCUCGUCCCCGCACAAUACAGAUCGGAGCUAAGGGGCGUUGGCAUAAUGGGCGGCAUAAGUUUCGGGCAUCACCCAUUAUCGGACCUUCCGGUAUACUUUGUUCACCCAUGCAACACUGCAGAUGCAAUGAGGGACGUGGCCCAGAAAAUAGAGGUAACCGUGGAGACGUAUCUGCUCUUGUGGCUCGGUUUGGUGGGGAAUUGCGUUGGCCUGCAUAUUCCGAGCAGGCUCCUCAUCGACAAACAAAAUCCAUAA